AUUUAUGUAUAUGUGCGAAUAUUGAAUAGCCAUGUCGACUUUUCUCUGUCAGUUUUUUUUUCUAAUAAAUAUCACAAAUUGUUCAAUAAAUUCACAGUUGAAAUAAGAUAAUUUAAUUAAGAAUGAAUAACAAUUAAUUAUUAACUAUUAAAAAUAAAAAAUAAAGAAAAGUAUCUUCUGUCUGAUAAGUUAUGGUAAACUUGUUUAUAAUUUUCUAACGUAAACAAAAUUAUAGAGCGAUGACAAAUGUAAACAUAAAACUGUCAGUUCGGUAAAUAAAAUCAUCAGCCUUUAAUAAAAAACGUCAAAAAUUUUUUGUAAUCACAAUUUUUUAAGUCAAGGUCAGUUUGAUGAUCCCAUGGGUGCGAGAGCAGAUUGCCGAAGCCUGGCAUAGCAGAAAGAGCUCAAAGACAUCCGAAAGGAAGUCUUUGACUCUUUCUACCAGUGAUGAUUUAUCUGAUAAAAAAAAUAAUAGUAACAUGUUUAUGAAUGAUGCCAGUUCAUCUGAUACUUUUAAUGUCCAUGUUAUUAGUUUAGAAGGUGAUGUGAUGAGAAUUUUAGUAAAACCAGAUUUUACUAUUGAAAAAUUAAAGUUGAUAGCAACAGAAAGUUUUUAUGGUUCUGAUUCUUCAAAAACAUCAUCAAAUAUUCGUCUUGUUCAUGCUGAAAAGUUAAAACAUCUUACUGAUGAUAAAAAACUAAAUGAUGAAGAUGUUAAACCAAAAGAUGAAAUAAUGAUGGUAGAAAUAAGAUCACUUAGUAUUAAAGAAAAUCUUGAAGAAUCAUUACGUGGUCCAACAUUCGAAACAAUAUCUGAAGCAACAAGUCACUUACCACCAUCAAAUCCACCAAAACCAACACCAUCAACUGAUUGCCCAGCUGAUUUUCAAAGUGAAAUAAGAAAAAUACUUAUAACGCUUGUUCAAGCAUCAGCAAAAAUUCUCAUGCACAGUCCAGAAGCAACAAAAGUUUAUGAAUUAAUACGUGAAAAAUUAGAAAUACGAUGUAAACCUCCAAAUGAUCCAAAAACAGUUAAAUAUCUUAUGGACAUUGGUUUUACAGAAAAAAAAGUUCUUAAAGCACUUCGAUUACGAAAAAUGAAUGCGUCUGAGGCACUUGAAUGGCUUAUUGAGCAUCAAGAUGAUCCAGAUGAUCAAGAUGAAGAUGAAUUGCCAUCAAUCGAUGAAGCAGAAAAUAUUACUUUACCUGAACCAAGUUCAUCAUCAUCUGGCUCAGCACCUUCAGUUCGUAGAAAAUCAAUUAAAGAUACUUGUAUUGAUAUAUUCAAAAGCACACGACAUGGUAUAAAAAAAGAAGAAAAUUUAAUAGAAGCUGUGAGUUUACUUUUAGAAAGUUUUCGAGAAUACAAACGUUUAGAUUUUCGACCAAGUUCAAGAAUUAAAGAGUCACUUGUUGAAAUGGGUUUUGAUGAAAAAAAUGUCAUUGAAGUAUUAAAAGUAACUGGUAAUAAUCAAAAUAAUGCUUGUGAAUGGCUACUUGGUGCUAGAAGAAAAAGUCUUCAAGACUUGGAUGAAGGUCUUGAUCCUGAUGGAGCUAUUUACACUGCAAUUAUGAAUAAUCCUCAUAUACAACUUAGUCUGACCAAUCCAAAAAUGUUACUAGCCUAUUUGUCAAUUCUAGAAACACCUUCAUCAACAAGUGUUUGGAUUAAUGAUCCAGAAGUAUCACCUGUUUUAAGUCAAAUAUUUAAAACUUAUCACUCGGAAAAACAUGCUAUUCACAUGAAUCGCUAUGAAGCAACGAGUUAACGUUUAUUUCAUUAUCUAGUUCACAAUUUUCUCUAUUUAUUAUCACUUCAUAAUUAUAUAACAAUAAUAUUUUCUUACAAAUUUACAAGCUGUAUAAUAUUUCACUGAGUCAUUCAAUCAACAUCAUGAAGAAGUUGAUAAUGAAUGUUAAAAUUGAAAAAAAAUAGUCAAAAUUAAUUAUAGUAUUUUCGUCGUGAUUCAAUUAAGCAAUAAAAAUAUGAUACCCGAGAAGGGUCUCACGUUAAAAAUUUAUCGGUGUUUUUUUUUUGUUGCAUUGCACUUCUUUCCUUUCGGGCACAUUGAUACUCAAUUAUUUUAUUGGGUGAAUGCCUAAAUUGAGAAUGAGCAUUACGAGAAAACCUACAUCAAAGUGGAGCUUGAGCUGAUCAAAAAGAAAACAUACCUAGUGAAAUUUAGAAUGCUAUAACGAUUGUGCCCACCAAAAAAACCACCAAUGCAAGGUCUGGUAAAAAAAUUAUAAUAAUAAAUCAAGAGUAAAUCAAUAUUCGGCAGGACAAAGAAUGUAUGAAUACAAAAAAUUAAUAAAUUUUAAUUUAUUAUUUCAUUAAGUUUUUUACAAGUGUUUUUUUCGGUUGAUUGGUAUUUCGUUAUGAUAUUAUUUGAUCAAAAUAACUACUUAAUUCAAUGCAAAAGCAAAAAAUAUCAAAUUUAACUGAAUCAACAAGGUAGUAAAAAUAUACCGUUGUAUUCAGGAUCAAUAAGAAAAUCGAGUGUUAAAUUUAUGAAUAGUAAAGAAAGAUAAAGAGAAAUCAGCUGUUGCUGACCAACAUUUAAAGAAUGCUCAUGAUAAAUUAAAAGGAAAUUUAAAUAAAAAAAGAUCAAGACAAGCUUUUUUUGUUUUCUAAAA